UUGCAAACAAGCCAGAUUGCUGGGAUGUUGGUUUUAUUAAUACCAUGUAUACAGUACUUUUUUCCAGAAUAUGUAAAGAUGCAGUGUGAUGUAGUUGAAACAAAUGUCAUGGAAAGAUAUUUGUUUCAGAUUGAAAAUAUUCUAUGUUGUUUUCAAUUGUUGUGCCAAGUCUUUGUAAUUCUUUACUCCCUUCCCCAACCAAGGGACCUCAUAACCUGACUAUGGUUAUUGCUUUACAAACAGUUUUGACAGAAGGUGACUGUAUGAGCUUAAAAUAUGUACCAGUUCCAGCGAAGGAAUUGAUUCUUGCAAACUAAGCUCACUGUUUAUUCUUUGCUGGAGUAAGCAAAUAGACUUAAAGAUGUGUACAGUCAUCUACCAUGCCAAAUAAAAGGAUACAACGGCUUUCAAAAGGGUUCUCCCAGUUACCCAAAAGGCUUUCUAGAAGCUUCUACCUCUGCAGAAAAUGGCAACAAUUAUGGCAGAUUGCAUGGAUUCUGAGAACGUCACAGUAACUGCUCUGUUUCAUUAUCUAUGUCUUUGGGUCAUGACCAGUAAAAGGUUUACAUUAUUGGCAAUUAAAAGAAGGUUUUGAUAUUGUAACAGGUUGUUUUUCAGUCAUGUAAAUGGUACUUUUGUGUGGAUUACCAGAGAGGGAAUAGUGUGUUUUUCACAUGCAUGUUUAAAGUACUUCAAUGAACUUGAAGUAAAAAAAGGCAAACAAAUAUUUAAUAAAUGUACCAUCAGGCGGGUGGCGUAAGACUACAAUGCUAAAUUAUGCAUACCUCAGUUACAAAACUUUUGAAAGGAAGUCUCAGCCACAGAAUGCAUAUACCUGUAGAGUUUUGCAUGGGUUUUGUAUAAAUACAGUUUAAAGAUAGCUGCUUGCACACUAUACCAGAAAAAACCUCCAAACUGCAAUUGCUUCUACACUAGAUUUUAGUUUUUUGGGGUUUUUUGAGAUGCUUUGUCUGUAUUUUGAUAAUGUGCAUAUUAUGUAAAAAUGUUGGUGGACCCAUAAAUGACCAGACUUUUUUCUAAGAAAAAUCUUACUUAAAACAUUUCAUGAAUUUUUACUCUUAUAUCACUGCUUGCUAGUAAUAGCGAAUUCUGUUUUCUGCACCUGCUUUGCGUAGCUGUUGUAAGGCUUUGAACUAAUGUAUGUAUUUAUUGCUUGAACUACUGUGCAUACGUUAUACAGCAUAAUGUCUGACAACGUAAAUAAUCCAUUUAUCCUUGCUUCAAUCAUAUGCUGAUGAUGGGGACUAUGAUCCUUUGUAUACAGUAAAUUUCAACUGUAGCACAAACAUCUGUUUAUGUAUUGGUGGAAUAUGCCUAUUUGAUUAUUUAUCUUUUUUGAGGUAAACUAAUUUUUGAUACUUUUCCUUACUGUGUACUGUGUUCAUACCUUGAAUUCUUUGACAUUAGAAGUCAUGGUUGAGAAAUGUAACAGCUGUUAUUCGUUCUGUAUUCAUGGCUUUCACUGCUGAAUAAAAUAAAGGACCAAACCUAG